CAGGUUGGGCUGGCGGGACCUGCCGCCCCUCGAGAGCCGGCGCACAAUGGCUGACAAUAAAGCGAAGUCGACCAAACCUGUGAAUAAGACUCCUCCAAAGUCUCCUUCAGAUCCAGCAAAGGACCGAGCAGCAAAACGAUUAUCCUAUGAUUCGAACAGCUCCCAUGAGGGAGCUAUGGCAGGAGAAAUAAGUGCUCUGGAAGAAGCCUUUAGAAAAUUUGCCAUCCAUGGUGAUACGAGAGCCACAGGAAAAGAAAUGCAUGGGAAGAACUGGUCAAAGCUAUGUAAGGACUGUCAUGUGAUAGAUGGGAAGAACGUGACAAUCACAGAUGUUGACAUUGUCUUCAGUAAAAUCAAGGGAAAGUCUUCCAGAACUAUCACUUUUGAGCAGUUUAAGGAAGCUCUUCAAGAACUCUCCAAGAAGCGAUUCAAAGACAAGAGUGAUGAGGAAGCAGUUCAAGAAAUAUAUAAACUAAUUGAAGGAAAAGCCCCGAUUAUAUCUGGAGUAACGAAAACCAUUUCAUCUCCAACUGUAUCGCGCCUUACAGAUACAUCAAAAUUCACGGGUUCUCACAAAGAGAGGUUUGAUCCCAGUGGGAAAGGAAAAGGCAAAGCUGGCCGAGAAGAUCUGGUGGAUGCUUCAGGAUAUGUAUCUGGCUAUAAGCAUGCAGGCACAUACGAUCAUAAAGUACAAGGAAGCAAGUAAGGCUGAGGGUUUACAACACAGAGGGAGAAAGAGAGGGGAAAAGAGAAUAUAUUUGUAAGAAUGAUGUAGAUGAAUCCCACAUGUUUUGGUUAUUGUGAAUGCUAAGACUAUGUUGUCAAGAAGUUGUUUUCAGGAACUGGAACUGAUUUCAACAUCUGCUGAGCUAUUUGCAGCACAACGCCACUUCAUUACAUUCCUCAUGUGUAUAUUGGCAAAAAUAAACAUAUCGGUACAAAAAUUACAUCUUUUUGUUGAGCUUUAGACAAAAAAAAGAAAAAAAUAAAGUCGAGAGCAGUUUAUACCACACUUUGUCAAUUCAAGCGAAAGAUCUCAAACAUUCCUAAAUGUCCAGUUGCCCUGAGGAUGUCAAAGAGAACCUCUUGAAAAGAGGGUCUUUCAUAGCAGUCUUUCUGAAGAAUAUCCCAUUAUUUAUGCAGUUUGAUUUGACUACUGUUUUGGGGCUUUUUUAAAAUGUCUUAUAUGGGAUCUGGCACUUUCCUUAAAACAUUCAACAAUAUACUAUUGGGGAGUAAGUGGUUGUAAUAUGCAAGGUGCUAGCCUGUAAAUGUCAUACACCAUGCAUGAAAAAUGGGGAAAAAAAAAAAGCUAUUUCUAGGACAAUAUAGGUUCUAAAGUAUUUUAUGUCAACAGAAAGAGAUGGAAAAUACCAGCCCUUACUUUCCUCCUGUCUAUACUUUGUGCUUGUUACUGUGUGUACUGUAGCAUGGUUCUGACUGGCUGGAUUUGGACAGAGCUAUUGUACUAACCUGAGAGGUGAGGAACAAGACAUUACUAAGAAAGUCUAUUAAAGCUUUUUGCAGUCUGUU